UACGGCUAGGGUUUUUCACAAAAAAAUACCUAUGUAGUCAUAAAUAAUUGUUUUUAAAAAAAGUAGAAUCGCUUAUAGAAAGACGAAAAGGGAUACUUUAUUUUUUUUUCAUACAAGCAAAGUUUGAUUUUAUUUACUGCUAUUCUUUAAGGCGUUGAAUUAGAAAAAGCGUCGUGUGCCUUUAAGAGGCUGAGCUAACAUACGCUUUAGGACACCGUUCUGCCCCUUUAAAGAUUUACCCGUUGCACAUACGGUACUCUUCCUCUGUCCCUUUAACGGGGUUAGUCCAUUGUUUCUCUAGGUUUAUUUAUUAAUUUUUUUGUUUUGGACCUCACGCUCUUAUUCGAGUAUUUAUCAGAAGACAAGAAGACAAGAUGGCUGAGAUGGGGAAAGGAGUCACCGCUGGUAAACUAGCCAGCAACGUGCAGAAGAAAUUAACGAGGGCUCAGGAAAAGGUUCUCCAGAAACUGGGAAAGGCGGACGAGACAAAGGAUGAACUCUUUGAAGAGAGUGUUGUAAAUUUUAACAAGCAGCUGACGGAAGGAACCAAGCUCCAGAAGGAUCUACGAGCAUAUUUAACAUCUGUGAAAGCGAUGCAUGAAGCAUCGAAGAAGCUGUCCGAGUGCCUCCAGGAAGUUUAUGAGCCAGAGUGGUAUGGAAAAGAUGAAGUUAACUCAAUAGUAGAGGAUACUGACCUUCUGUGGACAGAUUUCCACCAGAAACUUGUGGACCAUGCGCUCAUCUCCAUGGACACAUACCUUGGACAAUUCCCUGACAUCAAGACUCGUAUCGCUAAGCGAGGCAGGAAGCUGGUAGACUUUGACAGCGCCAGGCACCAUUUUGCCUCUCUGCAGCACGCCAAAAAGAAGGAUGAGGUGAAGAUCGCCAAGCCAGUCUCGCUGCUUGAGAAGGCUGCCCCCCAGUGGGCCCAGGGGAAACUGCAAGCACAUCUUGUUGCUCAAACUAAUCUACUGAGGAACCAGGCAGAAGAAGAUCUGGGAAAAGCCCAGAAAGUGUUUGAAGAGAUCAACAUGGACUUGCAGGAAGAGCUGCCUUCUCUGUGGAAUAGUCAUAAGGAUCCUUCCCAAGUUAAAGAUGAGUCUCCACCCACCAGCCCCGAAAGCAAGAAAGAAACUAACCACACUGCUGUAGCUUCUCCAGGGGCAAUGUCUGCACCUGCCAUUCCCAAAUCACCAUCUAAGCUGAAGCCAGGCCCACCCGUCCCCCCUCCUCCUAAAGUUACUCCUUCCAAAGAUCUCAAACAAGAAAACAUCAUCAGUCUCUUUGAUGACAAUUUUGUUCCGGAGAUAAGCGUUACCACUCCGUCGCAGUUUGAGGCGCCAGGGCCGCUGCAGGACGGACCCAGUCUUCUCGAUUUGGAUUUCGAUCCGCUUAAACCGGGGGCGAGCCCAGAGGGCACGGCGGCCUCCCCUGCCUCGCAGGCCUUACCUUGGGAUUUGUGGGAGCCCGAGCAGAGCCCCUCGCCCCCUCCCCCAGAUCAGGGGACAUCUGAUGUCGAGGCGGAGUGCUGGGAUGAUGGGGGCAGUGCAGCCGAGCCGCACGGGGAGGAGAGUGGCACUGAGCUGCCCUGGGGCGACAGCGGUACUGCUCAUAUGCAAUGGGAUGAGUGCAUUACUGCAGACCGCGGCUUUGUGGCAGAGGGUGAUUCUGCAGUUGAGAGUGAACCUCAGAACGCCAACAAGAACGACAGCACUGUGGACACAACAGGGACAGAAUCUACUGAUGCUAAUGCACUCCCUGCUGUGGUAGCAGAGACAUUACCUGGGACAACCAAUGGUACCAUGCAUGAAAGCGUUUCUUCAGAGGGCAUCGAUAAUCCCCCAGGUUUUCUGUACAAAGUUCAAGCUAUUCAUGAUUAUACAGCCACUGACGGAGAUGAACUGACUCUGAAGGCCAGAGAUGUGGUUUUGGUGAUUCCCUUUGAUAAUCAGGAAGAGCAGGAUGAGGGCUGGCUGAUGGGAGUGAAGGAGGAGGACUGGAUCCAGCACCGAGAACUUGGCAACAAAGGAGUGUUUCCUGAAAACUUCACCCAGAGGCUGUGAGCAGUCUUCCUGCAUGGACCCGGUCUCUACCGCAGUAGAUGGAUUUCUUCUCUUUGUCGUUUUUGGGCUCACAGAAAAUGAAAGGAACAGCUCAGUAUUUGCCGGUAGAGUCUUUCACCUGUUGAUCUGCUUCGAGGAGUUCAUUGUCAUUUUACUAAAGUUUCUUUGGAGGGUAUUUUUUUUGUGUGUGUGUAUGCGUUCCUGCGUUCUGGUGACACAUUGCAUGUACCACAGCAAUAGAAUAUGAUUGUUUUCAGAGGGAGUGACAGUCUCCUACUACAUAUGAGAGUAUUUUUUGAAUAUUUUAGAAUACGAGCACUGUGAAAAGUUCCAAUAUGUGUAUUUUGUUCUUUAAAUUCUGGAAUCAUCAUAACUACGUGUAUCCAAUAGGUGAGAUUGCCACCACUUCCUGAAAGCUUUCAACUGAUGGGAUAUUGAGCCCAAUUCAUUACUUCAAUAUUAAUUAAUAGUAAUAAUUGGUUCUGUGGGGAUGUCCGAGAUUCGGCUUUACUGGGCUAGGCUAUGCAGGAAGUAUUUUUGCCAAAAAAAAAAAAUACUCAGG